GAUAAGGAGCUCCUGACAUUUGUGAUGGAAAACUAUCAAGAAACAAGGAUGCAUGCCCCAGUGGAUAUGCUACAUCCAAGGUUCCUGACAAACAUGAAGCAUCUGCUGGUCCAGACAGACGUGGAGCUCAUGGUGGUCACUUUCUGCAUUAAGUUCUGCUGCCAUGUGGAGAGGCUUCAGCUGAAUCAUGGUGGGCAGCAGGAGAAAGGGCUGACGGCCCCAAGGAUGGUUCUCCUUGUCAACUGUGGCCUCACAUCCAUCUCCUAUGAGUACCUGGCCUCAGUGCUCAGUGCCAGCUCCAGCCUGGCUGAGCUGGACCUGCAGCUGAAUGACCUGGGCAACUGUGGUGUGAAGCAGCUUUGUAAGGGGAUCAGGAAUCCAGACUGCAACCUCAGAAUCCUGUGGCUGGACCAGGCCCCUCUUAGUGACCAGGUGAUGAUGAAGCUCAGGGCCCUGGAGGCAAAGAAUCCACAGCUGCUCAUUUCCAGUACAUGGAAGCCACGUGUGAUGGAUCCUACGAAGAAGCGGGUUAGAGAAGAAAUGGAUGAUAGCCCAAAAUCACGUAAGCGACAGAGACUACAGUCAGGUAUGUGAUGAGUUCAGACUCAGCAUCAUGAUUGCCAGAUGAAGGGACAUCUGUGAAAGGAAGUCAUCAUUUCUU